GCAUAUUAGUGACGUCAUGACAGAAAAUGGCGGCUACCAAGUCGAAAUGGCUCCUUUAUGUCUUAGCUUCGUAAAUGUUGAUUAUGUCUGUGAACAGCACCCGUGAAUUACACCAUAAUGAUGCUCCACUACAACAGGCACAUACGAUUCCAGAAAGAAUGGAAAAUUUUCGUGAAAAUGCUGUGACCAUGAAUGGAGACCUGGAAGAAGGAACACAGGGUCAGCUGUUUAUCUGUCAUCAGGAGGAAGAGGCCAAUCCACUGAGGCAGAGGGAGAGAAAAAGAAGUGUACACAACUCAAUGGAGAAAAAAAGGAAAGAAAAAAUCAGAUACUUCAUAAACAAGAUUGGAGAACUCCUGCCGCCUGUCGACAAUGCAGAGAAAGAGAAAAUUGGAAGGAGUACCCUUGACAUAGUGGAGAAAGCAUACGAGUACAUACAGGAACUUCAAGUUACAACAAGCAGACUUCUGGAAGAAAAUAGUGAUGAGGUUCAAGUGGAAGAAAUUGGGAAGCUGAAGUCUGAGAUAGCAGCUGUUAAAAAGGAAAGAGAUAGAUAUGCUGAACAGCUACGCCAAGGAGAUGGAGGAUAUGUCGAAACUCCAGGUCAGUGGGGACAGAAAAUUGGUCUUCCUGAUCCCUCCGACACCUCCAAUGGAGCAGGGACGCCCCUUAAUGGAUUAGGUGGACAAGAAGCUACACCCCAACCCUCCUCUCCUGCUCCACUAUUAGAAAAUGUUGACAAUAAACCAAAAGGCAACAAGAAAAAGCGAAAUACCAUCAGCCUUCAGUUGGAAAUAAAAAAACAACAAUCACAAUCAAUGGAAAUGUCAGCACAAGGGGUAGUCGGAAAUUUUGGAAAUGUUGCCAUGAACAAUAUGAUGAUGAAUCAAAUGAUGUUUGGCAACAGCCAGAUGAUGAUGCAACAACAUAUGAUGGGGGUCGGAGGUCAAGUGUCAGCUGGAAAUCUUGGUCAAAAUGCUGAUUCAAAUCCUGCUGAGAUGGCCGGGGCUGGUCUUAUACAGUUGGCCAUGCAGGACGCAGGAAUCACUCCAAGUACUACUGUGUCAUCUGAAGAGAAUGCUUCUUCCAUUACAACACAAGCCAAUUCUGAUUCUGUUGUCCCUGCAAGUGAUAAUUCUGCUCUUGAAACCCUGGCUUCUAUAGCAACAGUUCCCCAGACUGCUGGAGCGACGGGUUCAUCUGCACCUGUGAGUCAGGCUACUGUGUCACCUCUUGUAUCUCAAAGUGGAUCGGCCAUGACAGCGACAACUCAGGCUAUUAAUUCCAACAUGCCCAUCAUGGCCACUGGUCAAAGUGGUAUAGGACAAAUGCCAACUAACAACAAUGUGAUGAAUGUUCCAUUUGUGAAUGGCGGCCAGCAACAGUUCCCACCAGGCCUUCUACAAGGACAGCAGGGAGGCUUCAACACCAGCAUCCCCACCCCACAACAACAGAUCAUGUUCAUUAAUGAGCAAGGUGUUCCAUGUAUUGCUAAUGUGCCUCUGGGAAUAGACCCUAACUCUAUGGGAAUUCCAAACUUUCAGAAACAAGUUGUGGGGAUGGACAAACCUGGAAACAUUGGACUUCAAGGAUUCGGAAAUAUGAUGGUUCAAAAGGACCAAGGGAUGACCUCGGACCAGGCACUCAUAGCAAACAUGAAUCUCCAAAGUCAACAGACCUUCCAACAGACCCAGGGUGCUGUUGCUAUGGGUACGCCAGGUAUGGUCCAGCCUCAGAUGCCCCUUGGACAGCAGGUGAUGCAGCCAAUGCAUCAACUGACCGGUGGGCUUGGUAACCAAGGACAACAGGGUCUCAUCAUGCCUGUUAGUCAGAGUGGUAACUUACUGAUUAAUCCGACCAAUCAGAACCAAGGACCAUCUGGUAACCAGCUCCCUCAGGCUUUACUGCUUCCAAAUGGGCAAAUAAUCCCUGUUGUAGCUAAUCCCCAGACAGGAGUGAACGGUGGAGGCGGAGUCAUCCAAACGAAACACCCAAUGGCAGGGUGGGGGCCUUCAAGGGGGUGGCAUACCACAAUCAGGAGCACCCCAAGGAAAUGUGUCAGCCUCUGGAGCCUCGUUGGACAGCCUCAGGUGGCCUUCUCCCAUCAGUCCUCCAGUCUGGGCCUCUUGAUGACCACUGCCUCCAACCUCCCCAGCACUACCGCUGUGGCCAACUCCUCAGUGUCCCAGCCACUCUCGGAGACUGGACAGACUGGCAGUGUGAUUGACUCCGUGGCAACAAACAAAGGACAGGCUUCGUCUGUAACAUCUGGUGGAAGUGGUGGGGUCACGGACACCAAACAAGGUCAAUGUCAGAUACGGUUUCCCGACACUGAUACCCCGGAUCAGGCGAGAGGAUCGCAAAUCAUGAUAAAGUCAACAGGAUCAACAGGAGUAUUCCCAUCAGUAUCUGAUAGCAUAGCAAUGCCUACAACUUCUGGACCACCAGGUAAUGCUGGCAUGCCAGUGGGAAUGCCAGCUCCACCUAGUGGUGGAAUGGGAGCUGGAGCCAAUGGGCCAAUACUUCUUACCAUGAAUCUCAAUGGUCAGCCAACUAGUGUUUUAGUUGAUCCGACCACCAUGCAGGUUUUAGGAACUGUUCAGAAUCCUCAGCAGUCCUUGCCACAGACCCAACAACAGUCAGUUGGUGGUCAGCAAGUACAGGUUGCAGGUCAACAGGUCACAGGUCAAACAGUCACAGGUCAGCCAAUGCAAGUCACACCACCAGGAAAUACUGCACCCAGUAAAAAAAGCAAGAAAAAUUCACAACGGGCCAUUUGUCCUAAACCAUCCGCCAAGAAUAAAUCCGGGCGUAACACUGAAGGACAACUGUUCGGAAAUGAAGAUGAGGACCAAUCAGAUUUGUCCACACAACCUCCACCGCCAACUAAAAAGUCCAAAUCAAAGAAAAAUAAAACCAUGAAAGUCACAACAGCAGCAGCAGCCACUGCUGCUACUACUGAAGGUACAACACCAGAUGAAAGUGCUACAGACACCACAGAUAUUUUAGCAAAAGCUGCAGAGUCUAUCUUUUCCUCCGACAUCUCGCCCCCUAUUGGUGGGUUUUAUAACCCGGCUAAUGAAGAUAACCCACUGCAGAUAGACACCAGUGCAGGGGACACAGAGGAGGAUCCAGAAGGAGGAAGGACACCCAGAAAGGAUGCUGAUGUUGGUACAGGGCCAUCUGAUAGAAUAGGUGGAAUACAACAAGUGAAAGAACUUCAUAUUGGAGGUGAGGGGUCCGAUAUUCUCAGAAGUAGUCAGACCUUGUCUCACCAACAGGUCAGUGAUGUGUUAGGAGUAGAUAUGAUGAUGGCUAGUAGGGGCCCUGGUGACAUUCUUUCUAGCAUCACAACUACAACAUCAAUCCAAAGCGACCUUGAAAAUCUAGGAGCUGAGAAAUCCUCUACUAAUGUGGACAGUAGAAGUGGCAUGUUUUCUCCACCAUCACUCACUGAUACAGUUAAGAAACCAAGUAAGAAAUCAAAGAAAUCAGAAAAAGAAAAAUGUAGUACACCAGAGAAAACCAAGGUUAAGGCAACAGAGGAUGAGAUUCAGAAUACAGUGAAAGAAAUCAUGAACUCUGUGAAAAACAAUACCCCUUCACCAACGGCAAAGAAAUCAAAUAAAAAAUCUUCAAAGAAGGUGCCUCCAAGUGAAAAGCAAACCACAAUACCAGCAAAACUAACGGAAUCUUUGGAAGCUGAGCCUGUCAUCGCUUUUCCUGAUACCAUCAUAUUUUCUGAGAAAGAGUUGUCUGAUGUUUUAGAUCAAGUCGAGAACCUUGGCUCUUCUUUGAGUGACAGUUCGGUGAGCCCUCCAAAGAAAAGUAAAUCAAAGAAAAACAAGGCAGAAAAUAUGCUUAGUGAUAGUGAGCCAGCAAGUAAGAAGCAGAAAAAGGGAUCAUCACAAGAAAAGAACAAAGUGUCCACACUCACGAAAAAUGUCAGUAGUAAGUCUUCAAUGUCUGUGUAUGACUUUGAUGAGGAUGGACAAGAGGAAUUCUCGUCACCGCUACGAUCUCUGCAGACCAAACGUAAUUCCUCCAUCAGCAGUGCUCCUGUCUCAAAUGAUCAGUUGAAUAAAAGUGCUACAUCUGCCCCUAUCAAUGUUUCCAGUGUAUCACCAAUGCAUGUUGGAGAACAUUUACCAUUUUCAUCGCGGGUUUGCUCUACUGAAGGUCAAUUGUUUUCAUCACCUAAUCAAACUAACUUCACAUCUUCACCUCGAGAAACAUCACCUGGAUUUGUAGAUGGUUCAUUGACAGAAAGACCUCUUUUUGAUACUCAACUGCCCCCUCCUGUAAAAGAAAAGAAGUCUAAAAAGCGCUCAAAGACCAAAAAGACAAAUAAAUCCCAGGCACCUAAUGCUACGAUGAGAACUUCACCUGAAAAAGAUAUUUUAUUAGAAUCUCAAAAGAAGUGCACAGUGCCAGAAAAAACAAUACCCAGUGUCGAGUCUAUUGUUUCCACAAACCAGUUUGAGCAUACAGACUUUGAUGAAUUUGAAUCAAGCUCCAAAAAGAAGCAGGGUGAUAUUGUAAAGAUGAAUAUUGAUUUAUUUGAGAAAAGUCCAGAUUCAUCUUUAAAGAAAGGUCAAAGUGAGUGCUUGGGUCUCGAAACUAGAACUAGUGAGAGUGGUCUAUUAUCAUGUGUUCAAAACAGUGUUAUGAUGGAUGAACAUCUUGUGCCCAGUGUGCCCCACAGAGAUGUGGAGGAACCACAUCGGAACCCGUCUCCCCCAAACACGCUGAGUGACUCUGUAGCUCUCACUGACCCCGUCCACAUCUCCACACACUCUCUGGCCUCCUCGGAGAACUCAGACAUAGACAAUACAAUGAACAGCAUACUUGGUCUCUCUGCAGCAACGGCAUUGUCACCUCAUAUUAUAUCGCCAGGGCAACAGCAGCAACAUGUACGGGUCACCUCACCACAACUUCAAACGCCCAAAUCUGCCUCGCCUGUGUCCAUGACAUCACCCCAGCAGCAAUCACUACAGCAUUCUGUGUUAAUGUCUGUGGCUAGUAGUGAACACUCUGUGUCUCGUGCCUCCUCAGUUGCCUCAUCCAUGACAAAUUUCUCAUCUCCGGGUGAUUUACCAUACUCUGCUGAGUCUCUGUUCAAUCCCUCAGCUGACAAGCCUACUCUUUCUACAGCCACCAAGCCUACAUCCUUAGCAAUUUCCAGACAAGACGGUGACAAAUCAACUCAUGUCCUAUUUGAAAAAUCUCCAAUGGGAGCAAAAGCACGGAAUGGCAUUUACUCGGCAGAUAAUUUUGUACAGACUAACAAAGAUGAAGUGUUACGGACAGAUAAAUCGACCAAUCAGGUUAAUGUGAUAAGCCCACCUUUAUCCAGCUCACUAAGUCGAAUAGGGAAUGAAAAUAGUUCUGACGCUUUUAAUUUUGCUAGUAUAGGACUGAACCUAGCAACGCCUACAACAUCAACGAGUUCAAUAAUGGACAGUCUGAACAUGUCUCCCAUCAUCUCUACGAUUGCCAAUACAUCAGUAACAUCUUCAUCUUUCACAUUUACACUGUCAUCCGUCACUUCAACAUCGACAACCUCCAGUGCUGGAAUGACAUCACAUGACAAUCAACAAAGUGUUCAUUCAUACCCGUUUUAUUCGCAUCAAUCCCAUCACCAUUUGCCAUCAUCAUCAAAUGUGUCAAACCUUCUGAGUAAUUCAAAUCAACAACAGGAACAACAACAGCAGCAGCAACAACAACAACAACAACAACAGCAGCAGCAGCAGCAACAACAAGCCUCAUUAACCAUGCCAAAUUUUGAUCUUGAUCUUGGAAAUAGUGUCACAUCUCAUCUCGGACAUCAACAGAAACGGACAUCAAACGACACAGUUGCAGCACCUCAUAUUCAGAGCAGCCAGUCUCAGCUCUUCUACGGUAUGUCAGGGGGCAAUCGUCCCAGUUGUUCAGUUCAGAACCAGCAGAGGGAGCCACAGGAGCAACCUCCAAUGAUUCCAAACAUCACGGUCAGUUCACACAACCCCAUCAGUAAGUCACAGUCGGAACAGAUUCAUAAUACUCACAAGCGCAUGCAGGAGUUGGGCCAAGGGUCAGUGCAUAGUGGACCCACUCCGGCCAAGACUAGUAACACAGACCACCGAGGGAGUGACCUUGGGGCGAUUGAGAGACAGUUUAGUAUAAAGCCAUCUAAUCCUGACCCCCGUGGUAAUGAUCUAAACGCCAUGGACAGGCAAUUCAACCUCAAGUCCUCAACACAGGACCCUAGAACAAAUGACCUUGGUGUGAUGGAUAGACAAUUUGAUAUUAAAUCCUCAAACCCAGAUCCUCGAACAAAUGACCUAAGUGCAAUGGAAAGACAAUUUAACAUGAAAUCAUCAAAUCCAGAUCCUAGAGGAAAUGAACUUGCUAAUAUGGAAAGACAACAGUUUAGUAUAAACAAUGUUCAGCCAUUUUUCGCUCCCCCAAGCUUCUCUAAUGCUGGUUCACAGUCAAUGAACACACAUCCACUUCGACACCCGCCCUUGAACUCGGUUGAAGAAAGGUCAGGUUUGACUGGUGCUCGAGCCUAUGAACCCAUAUUCUCACCUCACACACAGGGCUUUAAUCCAGCUUCGCAGGGUUUUGGUGGUAGUCGAUAUGACUCUAAUGUAAUGUUUUCUCACCAGCGAGAAAGUUCUGGUGUUGUGGUCGGAAGCCAACCGCUGAGUCACACACCACCUAUUCAAACAGACGGUCGCAAGUCGGCAAAUUCACAAAGCUCUAGUGCCAAAUCAAACAAACAAAAUAGUAGUCAACAGUCUCAACACUCAGUGGCUCAGCAGCAGCAACAACAGCAGCAGCAACAGCAGCCGAGAUCCAUGAGUGGUCCUCCCCCUCAUACUGUUCCUACUCCUCCCCAUCAUCCACCCUCUCACCGACCCACACCUCCACAAGCUGGCACUCAACCUCCCCCUCCCCACCAGUCACAAGUGUCUCAUUCGCGACAGCAGAAAUCAAGUGCUUCACGUUCAAAACAGUCGCAGAAAAAGAGCAAACAACAGCAGCAGUUGUAUAGUGAAAUUGAAAGCCCAUACCCCCAUGCUGCUAUGUUUGAGGCGAAUAGAAGUUUGACACCGUUUUUUGGACUUCCUCCUCAAAAUCUAUCUCCUCCUGCAAGGAAUAUGCAGAACGAAGGGCCAGGAUUGUUUCCAGCAAACCUAUUUGGUGCAGGACCGCGACACACUGCAACUGCCUCAAUGCCAAAAAAUGCAGAAAUAAGUGCUUCCUAUAAUCCGUUGUUCCCACCUGGGCGCCCCCAGAAUGGCCUUGGUUUGAACUUCCAGCCUGGGUUUGGUAUGAACACUGUUCAUGGUGCCAUGUCAAACACACCAUCAAUUACACCACAUUCUGGAAGUGUCACCGUUACUCCCCAUAUGUCAAAUUUUAGUCUAACAAAUAUAUUCUCUGAUGUGAACAAUUCUUCACAAAAUGAUUCAUUAAACAUUUCGCCCAUUAAGUUUCCUCAUUCUAACUCAAUAAUGCCACAUCAAGGAAUGGAUCCGAAUGCCCUUCAGCAUCCUCAUCACCAGGGCGGGUCUAUAUACCACCCACAUAACAGAUCACACCCACCCCCGCCAGUACUACACAAUGCCAUGAGUAUAAACAGUAUCCUCGGCCAGCACCAUCAUAGUUUUGAGACGAGAGGUGUGCCUCAAGGCAUGAACACUUCUGCUCCUCCCUUCCACGGCCCAGGUCAUCCACCAUCAUUUGCUAUGCCACCUUUAAACUUUUCUAUGCAUGACCCUUGAAGAAUUAAGUUUUUAGCUCACUUGGCUCAAUAGGCCAAAAGAGAUUAUGCCAUGGUGUUUCAUCCGCGUCAAUUUUUUAUUCAAGCAACUUGUUCAAAAUAACCAAGUGGUCCAGUGACCUUAUAUUGUACCUGUAGCAAGCUGGGAUGAAUGACCUUGUCCUAUUUGUGGUACUUUCAAGGUCACAGCUGUCAAAUGUGCUACAGUCUUCAAACUUCUUCUCAAUAAACAAGGGGCCAAGUUACCUUGUGUUGGGCAUGCAGCACGCUAGUAUAAAGUGUUAUCACUUACCUAUGAAUUACCUAGACCUACUUUCAAGAUCACAAGGGUAAAAGAUGUCAAAAUCCUUAAAACUUCUUCUUCUUAAUAACCAGGAGGCCUUGUUACCUUAUACUUGGCCUGUAGCUAUAUAUAUAUAGCAUGUCAGGAUGAAGGACUACCAGAUAUGUUCAAAUGACUGACCUUGACAUUUGUCUAGGGUCACAUGAUUUGAAUUUGUUUAAAAUCAUUGAGACUAAAAAUGCUUAAGAGUGAUGUCAUUUGACCAGUGAUAUGCUGAGAAAUUCAAGUGAAUGGACUUGGAUGAAUUUUCAAGGUCACAAAAGUCAAAGAGGUUUUAAAAUAUUGAAAGAACUCCAUCCAAGUGACCUAGGUGUAUUCCAUAGAAUGUGUUUGUUGUCAACUACAUUCAUACUGUAUAUGUGUACUACUGUUCAUGUAAUCAUGUCAUCAAUGUAUAUUAUACUAUAUGUACAGUAUAUCUUGAAAUAAAGCCCACAUCAAUUAAAUAUCAGACUUCUACUUUACAAAACAAGCUCAUAAUACUUAACAAAAUCAAUGUUUCACCUUAACCCUUUCAACCCUAAGAAACUUUAGUGGACUCUGCCAUUCUUUCAUAAUUUGAAGUCCAAUAUGGUCAGUAGGGGUGAAAGGGUUAAAUUAGCUUCUCAGAUUAAUGCCAGGUGAGUGAUAUUGGGGCUUAUGUCUUUGUAUAUUAAAUAUUUUUGUUGAAAGAACAAAUGCUUUUUGAUAAAUUGGACAGUUCUUCAUUAAGAAUGUCAGAAAUUCAACUUUUAACAAAUGUCCAUGUUCAGAGUGUCACUAGCUGGUUAACUGUGAGAUUAACUUUUAAUAUAGUGUAUUUGGUUUGUCUUGUUGUACUUCAGAUUUGUUAGGUCACCUAAGACUCGAGUGACAUAUUCUAAAUGCAUUUUGUCUUUUAUGUGUCAUCCAAAAUUAUGAAUUAUAUGGUCUAAAGCCGCCAAGGGCUUGGAGACAGGGCAAAAAGGGAUAAAAUUGACUGAAAUUUUAAAAAUCUUCUGAUCAAGACCCAAAUAAGGUAGAAUAAUAUAUUUUUCAUUGAUGAGUCUAAGUCGCUUUACCCAAUUUGUGAAUUCCAUGACCUGGGGUCUCGUGUUUCCCCCUGGGGAGUGGGUAAUAUUUACUUUAAGGAAAUCACAUUUUUAAUCAUCAUUUUUUAGAUCGCCAUUGGAAAUAAUUCAAGCAUGCUAAUUGGUCGGGUAAAAUCGGUCGAAUUGACUGAAAUCUAUUAGAACUCGAAGUGGCCAUUAAGGCCCAUGUUAUGAAAGUUUGACACAGUCUAAACCAAUUGAAAAAUAACCAUGAGAUAUUCAAUUGUUUCCAUGUAAUUAGUUGUUAUUGUCAACAAAGUAAACUUUGCCAUGAUUUGUGUGGUAUAAACUGUUGAAUUUCAAAAUACCUCUUCAUUUAUGAUUUUUUUCUCUUAGUUGCUACAUUUACUUUAUUGUCAUUGUCUUUAUGACUAGUACAUUGUGUGGAUCACUAUACAGACAUAAUUUUGAGAUUUAGAUGAAAUCAUGUGUUGUAGAGAAUAAUACAGUAUGAAUACAGGAAUUCAAUUAGUAUGAAUACAAAACAACAUGCAAGCAUUAGUUCAUGGUUCAUACAGAUGAUAAAAAGUGCUGGAAUUUAGGGCCAAUGCUGGAAUUCGAUCGUGAGUGCUUGAAUAUUACAGGAAUACUUACUGUAAACAUACUUUUUUCAGUUUCUUUAAAAAUGAGUUAUUUAUCACCAGAAAACUAUAAAUUUAAUUUCUGAUGAUAUCCAGAUUGCGAUGUUCAGUUAUUUUUUAAAUGUACAAGUGCAGUCUUUUUUUCAUUUUUACCACGCUUAAGACAGAAAAUGCCUCUAUUCCCUACAAGUUUGGACAUAAAAUGCAUCUGAAAAAUUGAGAAGUACUGGAAAAGUGCCGGUAUUUUGGUAUAAAAAAUCUGCAAGAACCAUGUUGUUUAAACAGUUUUUUUUAAAGGGCCUUUAUUAGUGCGUUCAUGAUGAUAUUUCUGUAAAAUCACAUUUCUUUGGCAUAGUUGAAAAUAAUGAGAAUUAAUAGUAUGAGACAGUAGUUUGAUUUUUGUGCAAUUUGACUGACUGACCAGAGUGGCCACAUGGUUUGACUGACUGACCAGAGUGGCCACAUGGUUUGCACCAAAAAUAGUCAAAUUGACAGAAAUCUUCUCCAGUUUGAGAAAAGUUAACAAAUACUCUCCAGUGUAGGAAAGUUCUUAAGGUGCUUUAUCAUAGAUGUGAAUUUUAACACCCCGGGGCUCAAAUGUGCCUCAGGGGAGAAGUGAUAUACAGUAGAUAUUGAAUGGUUAUCCAAUUGAAUAUAACAUAUAUUUACGAGUACGACAAUAUGGGUAUAUUCUGUCAAAUGAGUGAAAUGUAUUUUUUUAUUUCAUUUUUAUAAGGACCAAAAAGAUUUGGAUUGCCAUGACCCCUAGAUUACAGAAAAUUGAUACUGUUAGGUAUAUUUUGUUUUAUUUUUUUUCAAUCAUAAAUAUUUCCAACUUUGAUGCUAUGAUGAUAAGUAGUUAGGCCAAUCCCUAGGUGCUGAGGAGUGGGGGCCAAUUUAGGUAAUUUUCAAAGAUAUUUACAGCUUCCUUAUUUACACACUGACAUGAUAGAUUUUAAUCAUCUGUAUGGUAGAUAUUCAAUAAUAUUAAUAUUAUUUAAUUAGGUGUUUUUAGUACUUAUGUCGUGGCGCAGCAUCUGUUUUCCAUCAUCUAUCUGUCAUCUUUUCCUAAAAAUCGCUAAUUUUGUAUUAAUGGUUGAUCUGCGUACAUAGGGGUUUGAGGGGCGGGACCAUAUAGAGGAGAGGAACAAACGUCAUAUAAACAGCGAGUCUGCUCCCCUGGGUAUAUGAGAUGAACAAGGGGUGUGGCCCGAUGGGGAAAUAUAGAAAAUUCUUUGAAGUCCUUCUUGUGUAGGAAUGGGAGGAUUAAGUCCUUUAAAUUAGCCUGAAGCAUCAAUGGGGGAAGGGGAAUCAAUUUUGUAUCAGUCCUGGAAUUAAACUGUUAUGACAUCAUGAAGCAUUAUUGUUCAGAAUUCAAGAAAGAGUCAUCUGAUCAAAGGUCAAGGUCCUACAGAAGCUUUCCCCCUUAGCUGUGGUAUCAUUGGACUAGGUCUCUAGAUUAGUGCGAGGUCAAAUUGUUUCUUCUUUCGUAUUCUUCUAAGGUCAUCUGUGAUGAUGUCUCAAAUCUAUUACAAUCAUCAUUGUCCAUCAUUGUGAGUCCUCUGUUGUGCAUCUGUAAACAUUUCACAUUUUCAAGUCCUUACCACUAACCAAUAGGCCAGGGACCAGAUAUUGGGUCAGUAGUAUGCUGUCAUAAAUGGCCGCCUAGUUUGUUCAAAUUUUGAUCUGCUUUAAAGAUCACAGAUGUCAAAUGGGUUAAAAUCUUACACAACUUCUUCUCAAUGACAAGGAGCCCCAAAGUGAUGAUAGUGUUCCAGUAGGAUCCUGGGAUGAAAUACUAACAAGUUUGUAAAAACAAAUGACCUUGACCUACCUUUCAUGGGUCAUUUGUGCUAAAAUAUUCAAACAACUAUUUCUCUGUAACCAGCAGGCCCAGGAUCAUGAUACUGUGUCAGUAGCAUCCUGUCAUGAUUUCGAAAUUUGUUCAAAUGAACAAACCUUAAUUAACAUUCAGGGUUAUGGGUCAAAUUAUUGAAUAAUUUGUUUAAGGGGACUGCAAUGGGUUUCUGAUACGGACCAGGAAUAUGCUGGGUUGAAAGGCUACACAGUUUGUCAAAAUAAAUACAUUCAGCCUUACUCUUAUACUGAAAUGAGGAGGUAUUCAGCCGAGCAGUCAUAAAAAUGACAUAGUAGAUCAACUUUAAAGUUGGAUUAGUAGCAAGUGAGAGAUACGCCCAUUAGGCCUCAUGUUUUUGAUUUAAUUUGUAUUCACUUAUUCAUAUUUGGAUAAAUAUGGCACAAAAGAGUUGUUUGGUAAUUUUGAUAUUUUGUUUGUAUUUGGAGGAAAAAGUUUAAUAUGCAGUUCCUACCUUCACUUAUUUGUACACAGAAAUUUCCUGAUGAAGGUUGUUUUAAAUUUCGACUUUGAAAUGGAUAUCUAUUUUACGUGAAAUGGUUGUAAUACAAAAGCGUAGAAGGUUGUUUUGCAAAUCUUUUAUCAUUAAGAUGGUAUGUGUUAGUUAAAACUCAAGUUUACCAGAAGUUUUAGGUCACCUGAGUGAAACCCCUGAACUAAUGAAAAUGAAAUUUUACAGAAAGCUUCCAUAGCCAAAGGUCUACCAAAAUUAUGAGUUAUAUGUGAAGGGUCCAGUGACCUCUUGUUAACAAAUCAUUGAAAUUGUGUUCCUGUUGUUGUCCUGUGGAGGAAGGGUUGUAGGUGUUAUACUGUAAUUAAUAUGUCUGUCAAUCAACACGGUUUACCACUUACUCCUCCUAGGUUAGGAUACUUUAUAGCCCUUUGUAAAUGUGGUGUGAGUGAAAUGCUUAUUGUGGUAAUGACUCAUUAUCUUUGAGACAGUAUUUGUAUUGGAGUAUUGAAGGCAUGGAUAUAAGCCACACUUCUGACAAACUAUAGAGGUCAUAUGUCCUCUACAUCUUAGCCUAUCAACCCUGUGUCCUCUACAUCUUAGCCUAUCAACCCACUGUCCUCUACAUCUUAGCCUAUCAACCUUGUGUCCUCUACAUCUUAGCCUAUCAACCCUUUGUCCUUUAACAUCUUAGCCUAUCAACCCUGUAUCCUCUACAUCUUAGCCUAUCAAUCCUGUGUCCUCUACAUCUUAGCCUAUCAACCCUGUGUCCUCACAUCUUAGCCUAUCAACCCUGUGUCCUCUACAUCUUAGCCUAUCAACCCACUGUCCUCUACAUCUUAGCCUAUCAACCCUGUGUCCUCUACAUCUUAGCCUAUCAACCCUGUGUCCUCUCUACAUCUUAGCCUAUCAACCCUGUGUCCUCUACAUCUUAGCCUAUCAACCCUGUGUCCUCUCUACAUCUUAGCCUAUCAACCCACUGUCCCCUACAUCUUAGGCUAUCAACCCACUGUCCUCUACAUCUUAGCCUAUCAACCCUUUGUCCUCUACAUCUUAGCCUAUCAACCCACUGUCCUCUACAUCUUAGCCUAUCAACCCUGUGUCCUCUACAUCUUAGCCUAUCAACCCUGUGUCCUCUACAUCUUAGCCUAUCAACCCACUGUCCUCUACAUCUUAGCCUAUCAACCCUGUGUCCUCUCUACAUCUUAGCCUAUCAACCCUGUGUCCUCUACAUCUUAGCCUAUCAAUCCUGUGUCCUCUACAUCUUAGCCUAUCAACCCUGUGUCCUCUACAUCUUAGCCUAUCAACCCUGUGUCCUCUCUACAUCUUAGUCUAUCAACCCUGUGUCCUCUACAUCUUAGCCUAUCAACCCACUGUCCUCUACAUCUUAGCCUAUCAACCCACUGUCCUCUACAUCUGAGCCUAUCAACCUUGUGUCCUCUACAUCUUAGCCUAUCAACCCUGUGUCCUCUCUACAUUUUAGCCUAUCAACCCUGUGUCCUCUACAUCUUAGCCUAUCAACCCUGUGUCCUCUACAUCUUAGCCUACCAACCUUGUGUCCUCUACAUCUUAGCCUAUCAACCCUGUGUCCUCUACAUCUUAGUCUAUCAACCCUGUGUCCUCUACAUCUUAGUCUAUCAACCCUGUGUCCUCUACAUCUUAGCCUAUCAACCCUGUGUCCUCUACAUCUUAGCCUAUCAACCCUUUGUCCUCUACAUCUUAGUCUAUCAACCCACUGUCCUCUACAUCUUAGUCUAUCAACCCUGUGUCCUCUAAUUCUUAGUCUAUCAACCCUGUGUCCUCUACAUCUUAGCCUAUCAACCCUGUGUCCUCUACAUCUUAGCCUAUCAACCCUGUGUCCUCACACCUGAGCCUAUCAACCCUGUGUCCUCUACACCUGAGCCUAUCAACCCUGUGUCCUCUACAUCUUAGCCUAUCAACCCUGUGUCCUCUCUACAUCUUAGCCUAUCAACCCUCUGUCCUCUACAUCUUAGCCUAUCAACCCUGUGUCCUCUACAUCUUAGUCUAUCAACCCUUUGUCCUCUAACAUCUUAGCCUAUCAACCGUGUGUCCUCACAUCUGAGUCUACAUCCUGACUUAAUUAAACCUAUUGACAGCAAUGUUUUAACUGUCCGCUGAGAUUUUGAUAUCUGUCUUUUGAUGGCUGUGAGUCUCCAAAUCAGAUUGUUUGUGUUGUACUCUUCUAAAGAGGAUUAUAUAGUAAUUGUAUUUCCUGGCAUUACAUAAGAUUUUUACAUAAGUUUGCUUAUUUUUUUAUUUUUUUUUAUGUAAAUGUUAAAGACUGCAUCGUAAGUUUUAUACUGGUUACGCUUAUAUUUAUGGUACGUUGUCAAUGGAUAUCAGUCCCCUUCACUUUAGUUAAAUUUGAUGUUCUGUUGAUGUAGCUCGCAUCAUAGUUAAAUUUGAUGUCCUGUUGAUCUAGCUCGCAUCAUAAUUAUAGCGGAUUGAAUCAUCAGUUUGAGGUAUAUCAUUAAUAUAUUCAAAUGUUACUAACAAGUUUAAAUUGCUGCAGAAAUACUAAUUAAGACAUAAAUCUAUAGAGCCCAUCCCUCAGCAUAUUUCUUCACGUUGGAAAGUAUGGUUUAUGUAAAGAUUUCCAAACACCAAUUCAUUGGCUGAUUCACUACAAAAAUACUUACUUUUUGACAUUUCCAGUGCAGCACUUCAUUAGGCUUUUUGACAUUUCCAGUGCAGCAAUUCGUUAGGCUUUGUUCAGGGAAUUUCUGGUGGUCAGGAUACAUGGCAUGUUACAGCAUUGCUAAAGAGUUCCUUACUCAUGCUUAUUAAACAUUUAUAAGUUAAUGAAUGUUGAUUUGUAAAUGAUAUUCCAAUAGGGUUAUUAUUUUUGCUAGAUUAGUGUUGUCAAGGAAAUAUGUACAGUGUAAAAAGGAAGUGUUAUUUCUGUGAUAUGUUCUAUAUAUAAUAUAUAUAUAGCAAGGAAAGGAGGCAGCUCUGAGGAUUUCAGCAAUCAUUGCUAGAAAAUUUAACAAAAUCAGUAUGUGUAUUAUAUGAAGUGAAAAGAAACAACUAGGAAUUUUAUUUGUAGAUUCCCGGUCCUGAAGGACGGUAUACAUGUUAGAUUCCCGGUCCUGAAGGACCUGGACGGUAUACAUGUUAAGAUUCCCGGUCCUGAAGGACGGUAUACAUGUUAGAUUCCCGGUCCUGAAGGACGGUAUACAUGUUAGAUUCCCGGUCCUGAAGGACCUGGACGGUAUACAUGUUAAGAUUCCCGGUCCUGAAGGACGGUAUACAUGUUAGAUUCCCGGUCCUGAAGGACGGUAUACAUGUUAGAUUCCCGGUCCUGAAGGACGGUAUACAUGUUAGAUUCCCGGUCCUGAAGGACGGUAUACAUGUUAGAUUCCCGGUCCUGAAGGACGGUAUACAUGUCAGCUGUUGGGACGUGGCUUUGUAGAUAAGUAACUGGUCUAUAUAUUACUAUUACUAUUUCUAUUUCCAAAUGCUCAAUUUUAUUUAUUAAAUGUUAGACUGUAUAGCCAUAAACUGGGUAGUGUAUGUAUAUAUAGCAAACAGCCUUUUCUCUUUUGUAUUCUUUUGUGUAUUUUUGGUAUUAGAUUUGCUUCUCUGUUUUAAAAAACAUGUUAAAUAUUUUAUUAGUCCUAAAGAGAGAACAGAAUUUUGUAAGUAUUUUUGUUUUUGUCUUGUCUUUGAUCUUUUGUCAUGACAAUGUAUUAGAAUACAAUUUAGAGUAAGCAGUUUCUGUCAGAAAUAUGUACUUAAAAGUCAGUAAUAACUCCAUAUUAUGAUAGUUUGAAUUUGUUGUUCAUUAUUGGUAAUAAUUUGAUUAGAAUAAGAAUUACUUUCCAUACUUUCCACUGUGAAAAUGGAGAUUAAAGUUACAUAUCUGAAAAAUGAAGGUAAUUAACCAUGGUUGAAGCAAGCUUUCAAAAACCUUCAGUUUUAUAUUUUGUUUAUGCUCUCAGAAGUUUUCAGCAUCAUAAUCACUUACUCUCUCCCUGGUCAUCAGUCCACAAGUGGCAGUAUCAAGAUUUUACAUUCAAGUUUUGUAUAUUGGUUCAUUGCUUUAAAGUAUGAGUCCAACUUUAACUAGCCAAACUUAAUCUUUUGUUAGAUCACAUAGUGAAAAUCUUUAUUUGUGGAAUAUCGUACAGAUUUUUUAGUCCGGUGACUCUUGAAUUAAGCGAUGCUAGGUAACUUGACUCUAAAAUGUUAUCGCCAGUGUAUUCCAACCAAACCUGGAAUAAACAUCACACCCCAUCUUAGAUAAUGUGUACUAUGAUUUUGAGAAAAUUAUGUUAAUUCUCUAGUUUACUUAAAUAGCAGUUCAUUGUCAAAUUUAGAUAGAUAAUAGAAUACAAAAGCAAUGGUCAGAAGAUUAUUAAUUAUUAACUCUAAAUAUCAAACUGAAAUGUUUCUAAAACUAGAAUCGACUUUUCUACAUGAAGCUUGAAGGUUUGUUUUCAUUUUUUUUUUAUGAAACUUCUCAAUUUAUUUAUAGUGAUUGUUUUUCAACUGAAAUUGCAUGAAUUGAAACUUCUGAAGUAGUAGGGAUAAUUGGAGAAACUAAAAUCACUGCAAUCCAUUUAUGAUAGUGAAUAUAAAAUUGGAUUUAUCAAACUAACUUCCCAAGAAUUCUGUUAUACGACUGGCUAUUCAUCACCUCUCAUACAUGGGCCAAACCUACACUUAUGGUGCUUGUGUGCUCGCUUUUUUAAGUCCUCAAGAUACAGGACAAAAUAGAAGAGGUUCCCUCAUAGAAGCUACAGUUUUCAAGGGCAAACCUAUGUAUAACUCAUUCUAAAAGUGCUUACUUAUGUAUGCUUUUCAGGUCUGAAGGAAAUAGAUCCAAAUCAUUGCUACUAUACAUAGAGCAUUGGUUUUUUGUACUGCACCAUUUAUCAAGUCGUUUCAACACUCAUCUUACAUUUUGUUCCACUUGAGUUUUCCCUACAAAUCUCUAGUCUCCAAUAGUUUUACUUUAUGGAGUAUCAUUUUAACUUAUGCUGGCCUAAAAUGUUUGAAGGAUGUGUUUGUAAUUAUGUUAGAACAAUACUGGCAAGAAUAAAAAGUUAUGCUGUCGAAAUGUCAAACACUAAGCCACUUGAUUAAUGUGAUUGCCUUUUUUUUAAUUUGAUCUUUUUGUUGUACAUGAAAAUAUUAUUUGCAUGCAUUACAAAAUAUGCGAAUUUGACUAUUGCAUCUUUUAAAAAAAAUCGAACCUUAAACAGGAGCUCUUGUGAGUUCAUUAAAGUUUCAAUGUGUUGUCAAGGUGUAGAAUUGUGAAUUUCAUUUUCAUUCUUUUUUAUAACAACAUUUUUCAUUAUCAUAAUAAUAAUUAAUGAAACAUUUGAUAUAUAUGUACAUAGUGAAACAUUCUUUGACAUACAUAUUGAAAAUAUGUAUAAAACUAUAAAAUUGUGAAUUUUAUGGAUAAAGUACAAUGUAUAUAUAUUACAGUAGAUAGCAGAUAUGUGUUGAAAUACAUGUUCUGCAUUCAAGCAAUUAUGAAUGAUGUACAUAGCUAUGUAUUUUAGAUUUGUGUUAACAAAUUUGAAAUGAUAAUUAUUAUGACAAUAUCGUUGAUAUGAUACAGCGUUGUAUUUGGUUUUAUUUUGUAUUUGAUGGAAAUUAUGGAAUAUUGAAAACAUAUUUUGUAUAUCACAAGAUAAAAUCUAUGUAUGAAUUCAAAAAA